CGGGUAGGCUGUGGUAGAAGUGAUGCGAGGGGCUAGGGCGACAAAAAAGCAAGAUGGCGGCCGGUGAGCGGUAUCCCGAAAUGAGAGAAAAACUCUUGCUAGAUCACUUAAACUCUUUCCUGGCUGCGUGUAGCGGGUCCGCUAGCUCUAUCAGUAAUGUCGACAAAGUACAGUGCGCCACCGUGUUGCUGUCGUCUUUGCCGUGUGCGCGACAUGCCGUGCUAGAGCAGCUCUGUGAUGUGUUUGACGAAUCUAUGCACAAGUUUAUGGUGGAGAUGGAACGUAGGGCACAGCUAGGAGGUGAUGGAGGAGCUCCUGAUAUUGGUGCUGACCUUGACAAUGCCUUGCACAAGAUAUGUGAUGUACUAAGAAAUUUUACUGAAGCCAACCCUAAAGCCUGGGCUCUCAUAAUAUGUAAGUGGUGCCUGAACCUGAUGGGGGAUUUGAUCUCUAAGUUUGACCAGAAGCGCGGUGUUAGCCUGACACUCUCCUUCAGCGAAGGUUUCCACAAGUGGAUGGCCUUCCCUCCAAUUCAGAUGUUAAUGGGGAUAACGACACACUGCUGCUCUAAACUUGUUAUCAGUAGCCCUGAUGCCUGUAUGGAGACAUUCCUCCAGAUUGCCAUGCGCUACUCCCCCCACCUAGAUUGGGUAGUGGCUCAUAUUGUCUCACAGUUCCAUGACGUCAUUGUUGACAAGCUGUUGAGUACAGCACUCAAGGACUAUGCGGCAUCAUACCGGGAUGAGAGUGAGGAGAAGUCGGUGCUGGUGUCUACAGUAGUCCAGGUGCUGGGAUACCUGUCUCUUCAGUUUGCGCCAGAGAUAAGGGAACACCUGCUAUCACUGUUCCAUAGGAGUGUACUACUGACUGCCUCAGAUGAUCAAGAGAGAGCAGAGCAACUGGCGACCACACCCUUCCUACUGCACAUCGCAUCCCUCUCGCCCAAGCUACUCAAGGGAACCCUGACAAACUUUGCUGAAGUCUUCACUCCAGGCAUCUUGUGCAAGCUGUAUGAGCAGUCCCUUCAAAGAGCCGAGAUGUUCCAAACUCAUGGCAGUUUGACUCCAGCACUAGUGGACAUCAUAACUAACAUCGAGACUGGCGCAUAUGAUAUCUUUCAGUUCCUGCUGAACCACUGUUGCCCCCCACGGGGGGAGGAGCCGAUGGAUACUGACGGAGCCCAGACAGAAGUUCAAAAGGCCUUCAUCCUCAUUAUGGAGAAACUUCUGAUUAAGCUCCGACAAGUGUCAAACCAGAGACAUAAGCUAUACACUCAGAAGUCAGCUAUAGCGCCACUAGACUCCAGCUCUACGGAGAGCGCCUUCUUACACGAGCUAAUACAGCACUCAGGACGACUAUUUGAGGAUCUGAUGAGCGUCAAACAAUCCAGAUUCGCGUGGGUGUGUCCUAUGGCGGUGGUCAUGGCAAUACAUGGUGGGGAGCCCGUAGCUGUGGACCUUCUCUGUCACAUUCUGAUGCGAAGUGACUCUAAUGACACGCUCAACGUGCUCCUCAAUGUGCAGUCAGAGCUUGAGACAUACUACCCGUCCGUACUGAGAGAGACCAUAAGGAAGUGUGCCGGGGUAGUGACCGUUUCUACUGCUUCUCUGAAACCAUGGCUCGUCUGUAAUAUCCUUCAGAAUCUUUUUCAAAUUAUGCAAGCUGAGUUAUACAAGACCCUGCCCCCGAGGGUCAAACUCACAGACUGCCUUCAGGAGCACUACGAGGCCCUUGGUUCCCUAGCUGCCCACUCGCAUACCGAGGUAGCCGUGUACAGUAUGGGCAUCCUACGCCUUAUGCAGAUUGUCACGCCCCCUUCUGCUGCUAAUCGUGCCGGCAUGUGCAGGGCGAUGGUGUCCAGCGUGUUCAGAGGCUUGAAGCAGCUAGCGAAUAAUUAUGAAGAUUUCGACAGCUGCAAAGGCGCAUUGGAGCGACUCGAAGAGUCACGUGAGAUACUGACGGAAAUGUCACGUGAUCAGUUUUGCCGACUCGUGAUCAUAAGGCUUUUAGUUGAGAGCGCAUUGGAAAAGGGAAACGCGAAGAUUCUUGGAAACACAGAGGAAGCAGAUGAUAACGACAGAAAUGAGCUUAUGGAAGACUCUCGCAUCUCUCUACUUGAACAUAAUUUGAACCCUCAAAUAUCCUCCCGACUGACACUCAGCCCUUCUUCCGUCUUCUUCACUGGUGUGAUUGGAAACAAGAAGCCAACCACUGUAGUUUCAGAACAAUCGAGGGCAUGGGCACCAGCAAGCCAAGUGUACUUCAACCUCAUCAGCGCGGUUUGCCGUGACCGUGAGGGGCCUAGUGACGAGGGCCUACACCGCGACCAGCCGCAGGCCCAAGGCUCGCGCGUCCUCUCUUGUAAUACUGAUCACGUGGCGUCGUUGCUAAUGGAAACCGUUUGCCCGGAUGUUGUCCCAUGUGUGGGGGAAUGGCCUGAUGAUGACUUCAUCAAAUACAACAUAGAAAGAAAUCUGAAAACAAGAAAAACCUUCGACAAGAAUCCCAUCCUUUGGUGGUUACUUGUUUUAGUAUCCAGAGGGGGUUCUUCGUUAUGUAAAUGUUCUCCACUCAUGUCCAGUCUCCUAGCAACCAUCAUGUCAUGCUGGGAAGUAUGUCGUGACACUCACGUCACGCAAUCCUCUGAUCUCUUCAAGGACACGCAGAUAGUCACGCAAGUGAUAACAGAGGCGGGAUGGCUGCCAGCACCUAUCAGCAGAGUCGGGGGCGUCCUUCAUCUGCUCUCGCCUCAAGAGAUCUACGCUGUUCUUAACGCCAUGUGGAAAGUUCUUAAGGAAUACCCACCCCACCCAUCUUGGUACACGGAUCAAACAGAACAGAGAUGGCAGCAAGGUGCUGCAGUCUCUCAAAAAGAAGUCCUUAAAGCGAUCUUUAUCAACAAUAUCUCCACCCUUGGCCAGCACUACCCGAGGGUUUUUCAGCAAUAGAGAAUAGCCCUUCGUACGUUGCCAAUCCAGUGUCAAAGCACCCGAGCGAAUCAAUCUCCCAAUUUGUCAACUUUAGUUCUUUUCUUUGUAAAUUAUCAUGCUAUGCUACUUAUUAGAGAAUCCUAAAAAUUCGCAGAAAUGUAUAUCGGAAUGUUUGCGCUUAUAAAACAAUGCAGAACAAUCAAA